GUGUAUAUUCCGCGGUAAAGUCUGGCUGAGAGGACUGUAGUGCUCGCUUCUUGUAAAGAAUCACCUGUUAACUGCUGGCAAGAUGGAAACUAUUGGAGAUAUUCAGGUUAAGGAGCUGGACAAGCGUGCCUCUGGCCAGGCCUUUGAGGUGAUUCUAGCUGCUCCUGCACCAGAUGCCAAGUCAGAGUUCCCCUUAUCGCCUCCCAAGAAGAAGGAUGUCUCCUUGGAGGAAAUCCAGAGGAAGCUGGAGGCUGCGGAAGAGAGACGCAAGAACCACGAGGCUGAGGUUCUGAAGCAUUUGGCUGAGAAGCGGGAACACGAGAAGGAGGUGCUGCAGAAGGCCAUGGAGGAGAACAACAACUUCAGCAAGAUGGCAGAAGAGAAACUCAAUCAGAAGAUGGAGGCCAACAAGGAAAAUCGCACGGCCCUUCUAGCGGCAAAGAACGAGAAGUUCAAGGAGAAGGAUAAGAAGUUGGAGGUGGUGCGCAAGAACAAGGAAACCCAGGAAGGCACCUCAGAAGACUGAACCUUUCCAGCUGGGAGAGAAAUUGUACAGGCUUUUGUUUUUUUUUACGUAUCCAAAGAUUGCUUUAUUUGUUUUGACAGCCAGUAUUUUUGUGUUCACAACCCACCUUUUUUCAAAUAAAAUUAUGAAGUUCCA